AUGGCCAAGGGUUUAAGACAAGGUUGUAGUCUCUCGCCACCCUUGUUUAACAUUGUUGGUGAGAUACUUUAUUUGAUGCUAUCCAAAGCAGUCGAAAAGGGAUUGUUUCAAGGUUUUGUUAUUGGGAAAGCUGAAAAUUCUACUAGAUUGUCUCACCUGCAGUUUGCUGACGACCUAAUCAUUUUUUGCCAAGCAAAUCUUACUCAGAUCAAGAAUGUCAUAAGAAUGCUGAGGAUUUUUAGUGUUAUGGCAGGUUUGCAUCUAAAUUUGGUGAAGAGCAAGCUGUUUGGAAUUAAUAUAGAGGAUGAAGUAUUAGCAGAUUGGGCAUCACAAGUGGGUUGUUCAGUAGGUUAUUUUCCAACAGAGUAUUUGGGUCUUCCUCUGGGUGCUAAGAGAAAUUCAGAGGCUUUAUGGGAUCCAUUUUUUAGGAAUUUUAGUGCCAAACUUGCUGGUUGGAAAGCUUCCUAUCUGUCAUUGGCCUGUAGGACAGGGAAGGUUGUAGAGUUUGGAAGCUUUGAACCGAGCGGUUGGGUGUGGAAUGUCCAAACUAGAAGGAAUUUGUAUGAUUGGGAAUUGGUUCAAUGGAUGGAUUUGAUGUCUAAACUGAAGGAUAUUCAACUAUCAGAGCUGGUGGAAGAUUUUUUAUCGUGGUCUGCUAGUAGAGAUGGUUUAUAUUCGGUCAAAUCUUGCAGAAAUACUCUUGCCAGUGAGUUUGGGGGUAGUGUUUUGUGGAUACAAGGGGUUUGGAUGGGUCUUGCUCCACCUCGGGUGGAAGCUUUCCUUUGGCAGCUUGCACAUCAGAAAGUAGCAGUCAAAGUUGAGUUGGUUAAGAGAGGUAUACCCCUAAGAGAUGAUAUUUUGUGUCCUUUGUGUAAGAAACAGGAGGAAUCAGUGCAACAUUUAUUUAUUUCUUGUAAUGUUGUUUGGGAAUUAUGGAACAAAAUAGCUAGUUUCUGGGACAUAUCGUUGGUGUUACCACAUGAUCCUCCUUCGCUUCUUAGUUCAUUGGGUAAUUUGGAAAUUUAUUCCGGGAGUCAUCUUUUGGUCAAUCUGGAAAGUUAG